CCUCGAUCGGGAUAGACAGAUUCCCGAGAAAAAGAAAAGGAAAAUUCACAUCACUCCCACCUCCUCCGCCACUUGCCGCUUUCCAUUUGGCUCUGUUCUGUUCUGUUCUGUUCACCGCCACAGAGAUUCUCUCUGUUCUUCUUCUCUCCGCCUGUUUUGCUGCCACCGCUGCUUUUAAACCUUUAGAUUUCUUCGCCGGGGGGUUUUUCUUUUUGGGUUUAGGUAGGCUGUGGCGGCGGAGCGGUAGCGAUGGAUUUGACCCGGCUGAGGGCGGCAGCGGCGGCGAGGGGGAACGUGGUGGCGGGGUCUGUGUGGGAGAGCAGAAUCAGAUUGGAUGAAGUCAGAGGUGGGGUUAAGGUGUUUAACGGCGACGACGGAAAUGCCGAAUGUGGGCUUCCGGCUGCUUCCGCUUCUCCCGUCAGCGGCGGCAGCGGAAGAAGGAAGACGUGGAAAUCCGAUGAGGGUUUUAACUCGAUUCUCAUCGCCGAGGAGAAACCAGAGUCGUCGAGCAGCGGCGACGAACAGAGUCGGAAAAGCCCGAUUCCGGCGCGGAGAUUGAGAUCUAACGGCAGCCCAAUCAAACCCGGCGAGAAAACAGAGAGAAACCCGACGAGGAAGAAGAGCGAGCAAUCUCGUAAAUCUGCCGUCGGGUUAACCAAACCGUCGACGAACGCAACCGGAAAAACCCCGCCGGAGAAAAAUGAAUGCAGAGAGAAAGCGAUUUCAUCUACUCCAUCUCAAGAUUUCUUCGAUGCCUUCGAUGAAGAGAUUGAGAAAGAAAGCUUCGACGUUAAGGAAAUCAAUUUACCAGAACGGAAGAAAAUCGCAGCAGAAACUUUCCCGAGAAACAAACAGAAUCUACAGAGAUUAAUGGAUUUGAUAAUGUGGAGAGACAUUUCAAGAUCCGCUCUGGUUUUCGGAGUGGGAAAUCUAGUUAUAAUCCUCUGUUAUUUCAUGAAGAACAUGAAUAUCAGCUUUAUCAGCGUUAUUUCGCACAUGGGUCUUCUUUAUCUGGCUGCCAUUUUCGUCCAUAGCUCCAUUUUUGGAAGGAGAAAAGGAAUCGAUUCAGACGAUGAACAUUAUGCAAUUGAAGAAGAAGAAGUGAUUCGAUUUGCUAAACGACUCGUUCCUUUCGUGAAUCAAUUGCUGCUAAAUCUCAAAGCUCUGUUCAUGGGAGAUCCUUCUGCAACCAUGAAGCUGGGUGUAACGCUGUUUGUGUUGGCAAGGUGGGGUAGCUUCAUUACCCUUUGGAAUGUCGUCAAAUGUGGAUUCAUUGGGGUUUUCACACUGCCCAAGUUAAUUACCCACGGUGAACAGUGGUUGACACUUUGUGGGAGUUCUUGGAAGUUAUGUUCUCACAAGAAGGCAGUGGCUGUUGCCCUCUUCUUCAUAGUCUGGAGUUUUUCUUCGACUCUAUAUCGUGUUUGGGCAGUGUUCUUCGUGUUCGUGAGCUUUCGGUACUACGCGGGAGGUUAAAAAUGUAGAAGUAGCUCCAAAAAACGACACGGUUUCGGUAAGUUCGAAGCUCAAGAGACAAUAUUGAACAAUUUUGAGGCUGUUUUUCUCUGUUUUUUUUGAGCUAGCUAGCCAAAAUUACCAUGUAAAUUCAUGCACUAUGGUAGAAAUCCAUCCAUCUUGUGUUUUAUCAAUACAUAUUAUUUUGAAAAUGUCUAAACCUUCUCGACU